CGAGACCCAUCGUUAAUGCAGAUCGUGUCCGGUUUUGUCCCACAGCAACAGAAGAACCUGGACGGAUAUGUGGGCUUCGCAAACCUCCCCAACCAAGUUUACAGAAAGUCGGUGAAGAGAGGCUUCGAGUUCACGCUAAUGGUCGUGGGAGAGUCAGGGCUGGGGAAGUCGACCCUCAUCAACUCGCUCUUCCUCACAGAUCUGUACUCUUCAGAGUAUCCGGGACCUUCUCACAGAAUCAAGAAGACUGUCCAGGUGGAACAGUCCAAGGUGCUGGUGAAAGAGGGGGGGGUGCAGCUGCUGCUCACUAUCGUGGACACGCCGGGCUUCGGAGAUGCCGUAGACAACAGCAACUGCUGGCAGCCGGUGAUCGAUCACAUCGACAGUAAGUUUGAGGAUUACCUCAAUGCAGAGUCGCGCGUCAACAGGCGGCAGAUGCCUGACAACAGAGUGCACUGCUGCUUGUACUUCAUCGCCCCCUCUGGUCACGGGCUGAAACCCCUGGACAUCGAGUUCAUGAAGCGGUUACACGAAAAAGUCAACAUCAUCCCGCUCAUCGCCAAAGCAGACACACUGACUCCAGAGGAGUGCCAGCAGUUCAAGAAGCAGAUAAUGCGAGAAAUCCAGGAGCACAAAAUCAAGAUCUACGAGUUCCCUGAAACGGACGAUGAAGAGGAGAACAAACUAGUGAAGAAGAUCAAGGACCGACUGCCGCUUGCCGUCGUCGGCAGCAACACCAUCAUCGAGGUAAACGGGAAGCGUGUGAGAGGGAGGCAGUACCCCUGGGGUGUGGCUGAGGUUGAGAACGGAGAGCACUGUGACUUCACCAUCUUACGAAACAUGCUCAUCAGAACCCACAUGCAGGACCUGAAGGACGUGACUAAUAACGUUCACUACGAGAAUUACCGCAGCAGGAAGCUCGCCGCCGUCACCUACAACGGAGCGGACAACAACAAGAGCAAAGGCCAGCUCACCAAAUUUGAGACAGGUGAUGGCAUGAGUCCCCUGGCUCAGAUGGAGGAGGAGAGGAGAGAGCAUGUGGCUAAGAUGAAGAAGAUGGAGAUGGAGAUGGAGCAGGUGUUUGAGAUGAAGGUGAAGGAGAAGCUCCAGAAGCUGAAAGACUCUGAGACGGAGCUGCAGCGGCGUCAUGAGCAGAUGAAGAAGAACCUGGAGGCUCAGCAUAAAGAGCUGGAGGAGAAGAGGAGGCAGUUUGAGGAGGAGAAAGCAAGCUGGGAGGUUCAACAACGCCUGGUGGAGCAGCAGAAACUCGACGCCUCUAGGACUUUGGAGAAAAACAAAAAGAAAAAGAUCUUUUAAAGUGGAUCAACCAUCAUGAUGUACCAGUUGCCAACGAUGCCAGCCUGACUGUCUGUCGGUCAUACAUAACAAAAUAUCUCCACCCUGUCUCUCUCUCUCUCUCUCUCUCUCUCUCUCUCUGUCUCUCUCUCUGUCUCUCUCUCUCUCUCUCUCUCUCUCUCUCUCUCUCUCUCUCUCUCUCUCUCUCUCUCUCUCUCUGUCUCUCUGUCUCUCUCUCUCUCUCUCUCUCUCUCUGUCUCUCUCUCUCUCUCUCUCUCUCUGUCUCUCUCUCUCUCUCUCUGUCUCUCUCUCUCUCUCACUCACUCACUCUCUCUCUCUCUCUCUCUGUCUCUCUCUCUCUCUCUCUCUCUCUCUGUCUCUCUCUCUCUCUUUCUGUCUUUCUCACUCUCUCUCUCUCUCUCUCACUCUCUCUCUCUGUCUCUCUCUCUCUCUCUCUCUCUCUCUCUCUCUUUCUGUCUUUCUCACUCUCUCUCUUUCUGUCUUUCUCACUCUCUCUCUCUCUGUCUCUCUCCCUCUCUCUCUCUCUCUCUCUCUCUCUCUCUUUCUGUCUUUCUCACUCUCUCUCUUUCUGUCUUUCUCACUCUCUCUCUCUCUCUCUCUCUCUCUCUCUCUCUCUCUCUCUCUCUCCCUCUCUCCCUCUCUCCUCCCCCUAAAGAUGCCGACAGACUCGACUCCAAAGCGACCAGAAGGCUGCAGUACACCUCAGGCCGUUUAUUCAUUGUGUUAAUUUUUUAAAAGUGAAGAAAAAAAAAAUCUAAAUUGUGUGGCUUUAUUUUUAUUUUUUUCUCUCUCUCUAAGAAAUGUUAAGCGCUUCCAUUUUGUGUAAUUUAAGGCCACAUCGUAUACCUUUUUUUUUUUUUUUUUUUGUCGUCGUCUUUCUUUGUGUAACAUUUCAGUUACAUCGUGUUACAUCUCCACCCCGCUGCAGCGCUCGUUUACGGAGACGCUGCGUUAAUCGACCGUGAUCGAAGCGUCGUGAUCUACACAUGUUUAAAUACUUAUGGAUGCGUUUGUUCCCUGCGUUGACAUGUGUUAAUGAUCCCCUAGGGUUCAGGGUCACCGUGUGUCAUCAGACAGAGAGCUCACAUCAGGACCUUUACAAAACCUCAGAAAGGUUCUCUGGAACACUAUAUUUGGACGCACUGUAUACAUAUAGACUAAAGUGCACUGAACACCAUCACAUCGUCCAGCUGUGAAGCGUGGUGGUGGAUGUAUUUAAUGCUUCACUCUGGAUGGUGUGGUGGAGAUCUUCCUCCUGUGCCUGUACCUGCAUCAGAUCAGAUCUCCGUCAGAGCUCCCGGUCACGCUCGUACUGAUCGUUUGUUUCUUUCUAAAGCUGUUAAAUGCUUGUUGAUUAACGCGGAGCGUAAACGUGUCUGUUGUGAUUUUAUUCCCCUCAGCAUCCCCUUUUCUCUCUGUGGUAGUGAGCCGUUACUGUACGGAUUCAGUCACACCGCACGGUUCCUCUAAAGGCUUUUCAUCAACACCUAGAAUCCUAUAAGCCAGUCUGCCUUUUCUUCUCUUUUAAAUGUUCUCUUUAUGAUCCAGAUUAGCGCUCGCUGCUCAUUGGCUGAUUGAAACAGCGAAUGUGAGAUUGAUCCCUCCCACAUUUUAGCUUCCCAUUAUUUUACUGCACCUAUAUAUUUUUUAAAAAGUCGUCCUCCUUUUUUUUUCACUUUUAUUGUACAAAGUCACGUAAUAAAAACUGUGAUGAUGAACUUAA